CUUUAGGCGGUCUGUUGCUAUAGUGACAGGAGCUGCCCAGUCUGCUAUGUAGUACUAACAAAGCUUCACUUCUCAGAUGCUGAUGGGGACAACACAGGGAGAAAAGGAGGAGCAGAGGCAUCUGUGUGCAAUUAUCCUGCCGCUGCCCCAGAAUCCUGCAACGCGACUGAAGCUGAAGAUUGUGGCAAGUGGAGAAAAUGUGGACUAGAAGAAAAUUUGCAAGUAAUGAAGCUUGAAACUCUAGAGUGUCUAGAGUUGUUCUCUUUCAUUGUACUAUGAGUACAUUUAAGGUGGAUACAAAUCUGCACAGUUUGACAAUCAUCUUAUGAGUCCCACUGAUAUUUUGGAAUUUCCUGCAGAGUUUCCGGGCAGACACGAUGACUGGGCAAGUAGCUGAAGAUACAUCUGAGUCUCCAAACCUAAACUCAGACGAGUUGGAAUGCAAGAUAUGUUACAACCGAUACAACUUAAGACAGAGAAAACCAAAAGUUUUGGGCUGUUGUCACAGAGUAUGUGCCAAAUGCCUCUACAAGCUUGUGGACUGUGUGGAGUCGCCACAAUGUGUGAUUGUAUGCCCGUUUUGUAGGUUUGAGACUCGAUUACCUGAGGAUGAGGUUAGCAGUCUCCCUGAUGAUAACAAUAUCUUACUUAAUCUUGCAUGUGGCGGCAAAGGAAGGUGUCCUGGAGACAAUCCUACAGAGUUGCUUUUAACACCAAAACGCCUGUCAACUCUAGUCACUCCAUCACACAGUUCUACCAACUGCCUUGUGAUCACCAUAAUGGAAGUCCAGAGGGAAAGUUCUCCAUCCCUCAAUGCUACUCCUGUGGUAGAAUUCUACCGGCCUUCAACGUAUGACCCAGUCUCAAUGCCUCAGAACUGGACAGUGUGGAAUUGUACAUCGCUCAUCUGCCAAACCUCAGUACGUGUCUUUGUUUGGUUGCUAGGAUUACUCUAUUUUAGUUCGUUGCCUCUGGGGAUCUAUUUGUUGGUAUCAAAAAAGGUAACCCUUGGGGUUGUCUUUGUAAGCCUUGUUCCUUCUAGCCUUGUUAUACUUAUGGUAUAUGGCUUCUGCCAGUGCGUAUGCCAUGAAUUUUUGGAUUGUAUGGCCACGUCUUGACCCAUAGAGAGGAAAACAGGAGAACACAAACACAUGCAUUAUUUAGUGUAUCAGCUGAUUACAGAAGGCAAUCCUGCAAUCUGUCCAAUGGUGCAUUUACAACCGAAAUCUUCAUUGACCUUCUUACUCUAUUGGGCAAGUACAGUACCUGCUAAGCUGAACGUAGCACAUUGAAGUCAAAUAGAAGAGACAUCUAAUAUAUUUAAGAAGGGUAUUUUUUGACAUUUUUACCUUUGAAUUCAGCAGCUGUACUGACUCAGUUUACUUUACUAUGACAAAACUUGUUAAAAUUGUUGUCUUAACUGAAGCUUCCUUUGUAAGUUCAGAUUGUGUAUUAGAAGUGUUAGUAAAUUAAUUCAAGUUUGUAUUUUAACAAAGAUAGAUUUUUUUUUUAAAAACUGAUGUUGUCAAAAAAGAUGAGACUGCAAUGAUAGCAGGGUACACGCUAUAGUAUGACAUUAUCUAAACUUGUGUGAUGUUGAUAACAGUAAAAUAACUCAGGGAAAAUAAUGUCCAUUCCUAAUCUAGGAAGUGUGAUAUUAUUUGCUCUAAUUGAAUAGAGCUGAGUGAAUUGUGGCCUUAGAUAUGUUCUAAAAAUUACCACAAGCAGCAAUGAUUGUACACCUACCCAUAGAAUGGAAUGGCAUCAAGACUAACUAUUCAAUUUUGUGUGUUUGCUGGAAAUCACAUCACAUAAUCACAUAAGGGCUUCUACUGGCUUAUUUAGAGACCAACUACUGCAGCCAUUCAUGGUAUUAUGCUCCAUCUUUGGAGCCUCCAUAGUGCAAAAUAAUUAAAUAAUUGGGGAUAAUUAAACUUUUGUUUCAGUCUUUUGGGAGGAAGUGGAGACAAACUCCUACUGGAAAUCUCCUUAUUGGAGUGAAAUUAGUAAUUUGGUAUAAACCCACAACUGACAUUUAAGGGGUUUUGGCCUUCAGCUGUUUUAUUUUUUUUAAUUAUAUCUGUUUUAAGCAGAGUUGCAUUUUGUUACCAACUUUUUAAAACUCUAAAUCAAGUUAUUUGCACCAA